GCGAAGCUGCUGCAGGCGCGCGCCGCGUCACUGCUGAAGGAGCACGCGAUGACAAUCAACCGCUUCCGCUCGCCGAAUAUGCCGUGGGAAGGGUCGGCCUGCCGCAGCCCUGCCGCAGGCCUCUCUGGCGCAUGCUACGCGCUGCCGGCCCUUGUAGCGCCGGGCGUGCUCGAGCCAGCGCUGUGGCUGACGACGGCCUUCUUGUCUUGCAUGGCCGACUACGUGCACAUCAGUCACGACAGCGCCUUCCACGGCCUCGACCGCUGUUGGGCGACGCUCAUGCUGCUCAGAUGCUCACUCCUCUUCGGAGCUCGGCUGGAUCCGUCCUUCUUCCUGCUGGCGCUGGUGCCGCUCGGCUGCUUCGUCAAGGGGCGAGACGCUAAGCUGUUACCAGAUCCGAGUGGCUGGGUCUUCUGGCACACGCUCUGGCACUGCAGCGGUGGUUUGGUCGUCACUCUGGGAGUGUGGAUGCUCUACAGGGCGCCAGCAGAGGCGGCGGCUUCCGGGCUGCACAUCGGCUGAGAGAGCGAGAACAGCCGUGUCGCUCGCGGCGAUGGUGGCGCGAGGGCUCCUCCACGCUGCGGUGGCGAGAGCGCUUUUGUCCGGUUACCGUUCGCACAACUCACCGAGACGAUCAUCUUGAGCCGUCAUCUGUGGCGUAACCUAAUUACAAAAGCCAAUGCGUCGGAGCGGAUCCGGUUGCGGGCUGUGUAAUUU